GACAGUUUCAUUCAUAUACACUUAUAUGUAUACGUAGUUGUAUAGAAUUACAUAUAAAUAAAUACAUAUACAAGUAUACUGACUGCUGAACACUUUCAUAUAAUACUUAUUACAUUCAUAUUAUUAUUAUACAUAUUUGAGUAGGUAUUUCUACUAUGUUAGUGAUGACUGUGAAAGUUUAGAAAAUUAAUCUUUAUUCAUUUUGAAUGAUACCAAAAUCACUACUUUUGUUGGAAUAUUACUUAUAGUGGAUAGAUUAUUGUUGAAAUGUCUUUAAUUUUGGAUCUUAAAUAUUUAGUUGGAUUAACUGGUAAAGGGGAUCGUAGAAUUAAAGUUUUAUUUCGAGAGGCUAAAUUGAAUUCAAGAAUUGCUACUGGACAUGAUAGUGUUUAUUUUGGACAACGUAUUAGUUGGCCAGUUAGUCGUUCAUUGGAUGAUAAAGAUGUAUUAAUUUUAAAAGCUUAUCAAAUAAGAAAAGGUUUACCAGAUAGUUUACUAGGAUCCUUGUCAAUCAAUUUAUAUCCACUGACUCGAGAUGUACAUUCAAUAUUUCGAGAAAAUCUUGUGGAUAGUUCAAAUCAUCCAACUGGCAUAUUAUUAUUAUUUGAGUUACGUUAUCAAUCACCUGAUAGUACACAUGGUGAUCUAGAUGAUGAUCUUGCUAAUUAUCCGCUAGCGGACACAGAUUAUGGACUUGAAGAUGCAGAAUAUGAAAUUCAUCAAGAUCAACCUCCACCUUUUAGUUCAUAUGUUGAGUUGAAUGAUGAUUUCAAUCAAAUAAUAGAUCGAGAACUUGCUCUUGCUGCAGGUGACGAAUGGGAGGUAGAGAGUCAACUAUCUGCACCGGAAAGAAAAGAUCCGCGUAUUAUAUCCAUGCUUGGUCCAACUAUCUACAAAUCAAAUCAGUUCCAGCUAGGAAUCAAUGUAGUUGAAGCUCGAAAAUUAGUUGGAACUAAUAUCAAUCCAAUGAUUACUGUAACCGUUGGAAAAUCUGUACAAAAAACAGUUACUAAAUAUUCAACGAAUUGUCCAUUUUAUGAUAAUUAUUUUGCAUUUGAUUUUGCUCAACCUAAAAUAAGUGUACUUACAGAAAUAAUUCGUAUUCGAGUAUUUAAUAUGCGAUCUCAUCCAUUAGCCCGUCUUUUACCUGGUAAAUUGAUCGGUGAAUUUAUUACUGAUGUACAAACAGUUUAUAAUGAAAAAGAUCAUGCAGUAUUAAAUAAAUGGGCAGUGAUUAUCGACCCCAAAGAUCCAUGGAAAGGUCCUACGGGCUAUGUUAAACUUGAUAUGCAUGUCAUAGAAGAAGGGCACCAAGUUAAACGAAUUCGAAGAGAGAAACCUGAUCAUGAUGAAAUAAUCGAAAAUCAUUUACUAUUACCACGGUAUACUGGUAUGACACAAAAACGUAUUAUGCUCUCCAUGAAAGUCAGUAUAUAUCAAGCUGAAGAUUUGCCUCCAAUGAAUACAGAAAUAAGCAAUAAAAUCAGAAAAGCAUUUGUUGGAGAAAAUACACCAAAUCUUGAUUCAUAUGUGGAAGUUUCUUAUGCUGGACAUACAGCUAGAACUAAAACAGAACGAUAUAAUUAUAAUCCAAUAUGGAAUGAAACAAUUGAAUUUUGUGAUUAUUUUCCAACAUUCACUCGAACUAUUAGAAUUAAUGUUAGAAAUGGUGGAAUAAAAGGUGAACUAAUUGCUACACGUUUAAUUGAUAUACGUGAUAUUAUGUGCCAUAUUACUGGUCGUAAUUUUCCACAUUUUGGACCAUCUUGGAUUAAUCUUUAUGGAACUCCACGAAUCUAUACAUAUGCACAAAUGUUACGGCCAGAAGUAGAAUUAAAUCAAGCACUUGGAGAAGGAGUUGCCUAUCGUGGUCGACUACUUCUAGCUAUACGAUCAAUGGAAGAUGAAGAUGUAGUUCGAAUUGGUACUAGUAAAGUUGUUGCAAGUCCUGUUUCAGAGACUGUAGCAGGGAAAAAAAGUUUAUACUUUUUAUUUGCUUGUUUCUAUGAAGCAAGUGUAAUUGAGAAAAAACUUGGUGUUAAGAAUAAACCAAUCUCUUAUGAAAUCAGUUUUGGAUUAUAUGGUAACCAGCUGGAUGGAAAACGAGGUGGAGUUGAAUUACAGACAAUAGAACUUGCACAACCAAAUAAUACACGAGAACGGGUAGACUGGUGUUAUUCAACCACAACACCACUGAAUCCAACAACAGAUGAUAAAGAAUAUUAUUAUUUAAACUUUGGUAAUAAAAAACCAUGUUUAUAUUUAACUGGUUAUUAUGAAGAUCAUCGUUCCAGAAUGUGUAUACCAAACAUUUUAGAGAAAUUAAGUGAAGAAUUGUAUUAUCAAAUACAACGUGUUAAGCACUUGUUUAUUAGAAGGAAGAUAACCGAAGCUAAAAAUUACCUACGUACAGUUUUUUUGACAAUGGCAAAAAAAUUCAGUUUAGCUCAAGAAUCAAUUAAAUCAUGUCGUGAUACUGCCAGUACAACAUUACUUGAUCGAGAAUAUUCACGUAGAAUACGUCGUGAUUUAAGAAGAAUGGCUAUGUUAAUGAUUCAUUUAUCAAAACAUAUACACAGAAAUACAUUGGGUGAAAAAAUUAAAGAUGCCAAUGCAUUACACAAUCGUUUGUGUAAUUUAAGUAAUUGUCCACAAGAUGGUUUACCGGAUGUUUUUAUUUCAAUGAUAUUGGAACAUCAAAGAGUUGGCUUUGUUAGAAUUCCAGCACGAGAUAUAUAUUAUUCAGCUGUAGAUUGUGAAAGAGGCAAAUGGAGUGGACAAAUGGCAACUUUAUACUUACGUGUAUGUAAUAUUAAAAUAAACAAGGUCGUGAGGGUGUUGGACCUAAAGGAUGGAGAAUUCAAAGUCAAAUACGUGUGUAUUUAUGGCUUGGUUUAAUUAAAGAUUUUACCGCUUACACAUUUGGUUUACCUGGUGGAUAUGAUAAGAAUAUAUUUAAAACACCAAAACCACCAAAUGAAUUAAUUUAUCUAGUGAUAAAGAAGUUCAGUGAAAUGUCAAGAUAAAAGUGAUAACAUUACAUUUGGAUCACAACUUCGUAAGUACAAGAAAUCUAUAUUGAGCAUAUUUUGUGUUAGUUACUUGAAAGUAGCUCUCAGACAAUUGAUACUUAUGUGGUGCGGGCUACUUAUAUUGAUAUAAACAGUAUAUGACUCAAGUCCGGAAUGUAAUGUCUGGCAGCAGAAGAUGGGGAAGAUCAAUAGAGGAAGAGCGGGAAUAGAAAACAAUUAGUAUGGAAAUGCAAGAACAAUGGAGUUCGAGACAAUUAUUGAACAUUUUGCAAAUUAAGUAUCAUAGUAUGGUUUUUCUAUUUUACCAAGUAACUCUGUCAUUUUGUGCUAAAUAUAGUCCGAUUGUCCCCACCCGUGUUCGGUUCACCACACUUCUACCAUCUUAGUACUAGUAGCCUAUGAAGGUGUUUUUACAACUGUUCAGUUGUAACACGUUUUGAUGAAGACACGCUUUCUACGAACUGGGUAGUUGGGAUUGUUACAACUGAUGAGAAACUCACUAGAAAUAGGAUGUAUAGUAAUGGAAUAAAUGGUCAAUUGAAAUGGAUGAGUGGAAAUCUUUUUAGUCAAAUGGACAAAUUUUCUUUUUUUUUCAACCAGUAACAAUUGUUGGAAUGUAUAUAUGUUUUAAUCUCAUUUGUUUCCCAUUAUUUUCUAUUAAUAAGUAAGUAGACAGUUUCACUACACUUUCUCUGAUUCGUUAAAAAUAUGAUUUAAUUUGUAAAGUUCCUUUUCAAAGUCACUCAAUUUCCUUCAUAUAUUCUAGUCUUACGGUGAAAUUGUAAUAAUUCGUACAAAUGAGAUGGUGAAGAAGAAUUGUAGCUCAGGUGGAUGAUUUUGAUGAAGUUUUAUUCUCUGAGCUGGAUGAUUCGGUCGUGGUAGAAGACUUCUACCUGAAGUUUGUACUGAUUAUGUCGUUCAAAAGAACAAUGAAAGCUCUACGACCAAAUCAUCUAGAUCAAAGAAAAAACCUCUAUCAAAACUCGUACAAAUAUCAUAUGUCAACUAAUCUUGUAUCUUAACUUUCAACAUCGAAUAUUCAAAGUCUGUCACAGAAAAUCGAAACGAUCUGUAUUUAACUUAAUCUAAUCAACAAGGUUCUAUACUUGCCAUUACCCAUUAACAUAACUUAGCCAAAAUUUUCAAGAAACUUAUUCUAUAUUUAACGUUUCGAUCCAUAUAUUGUAUUUUCAUAAGCUAUUGAUAUAGAACACAGCUAUUCAUAUAUUCAUUUAGCUGUGAUCAAUAAAAAUGAGAUCAGAUACUCAAAUAAAUAAUCCCAUUAAAUUAAAUUGAAGCAUAAGUGCUAACGAUACUAUUCAGAUCAAUAAGUUUUAUAAAACAUUAGUGAUUCUCAAUAGUUGAGAUCAUGAGUCAAUUCACGCUGCUAGAACACUAUGAAAAAUCUGGAAGUACUGGUCGACCGUUUCGUCCUAUUGUGGGACUCCACAACAAUGCACAUCCACGAGCCCAUCUCACAAAAUUCGAACCCAGUGUUUAUCAGUCUUAACAACUAGACUACUGAGAUGGCAUCCAAUGGUGUUAAUGUCUAACUUCAACUAAUCCAUGAAAUCGAGUAACACAUCCACCAUUGUCAUCAAUGAGUUACUAUCUCACAAGUGACCCAAUUGAACUCCACUGGUCACUGCUCCUCACAAGAACUCCAGGAUAUACCUGUUGAAGCCAGUCACUAAUGCACAUAUGUAGAUUAGUAUCAGAAGGUGGUUUUGUGUAGAUUGUAGUAAUUUCAAUAGUUGAGAUCAUGAGUCAAUUGAAGCUAGACCACUGUGAUUCUUCCUUUAUUGUGUCGUUUCUCAAAUGGAAUGUUUACCAAUUUAAGCCCUGGUUUACUACUGAAGAUAUUUUGCAAAAGAUAAGCACCUUUAUAAGUGAUCAGAUCAUUCCAAUGUUUAUGAGUCAAAUUGAUUUCAAUCUGAUUUAUAUUGAUUACUGAUUUGUUUUUAUUGUUUGUUUUAGCCACAAGAUGGUUUACCGGAUAUUUUUAUUUCAGUGAUUUGACUCAUCAUCAUUAUAAUAAAUUAUGCAACCAGGUAUCACUUAAAAAGUAACUAGAUACAUCAUUCCAGUUGAUCACUUAUUGAAUUUCUUUUAUUUGAUUAUUAUUUUUUUUCCUACAGAAAGUAGUCGUUUUCAGUUCAGAUGUUAUAUAUUCAUUGCACGCGAUCUAAUAGCCUCUGAUUCAUCUGGUAUGUCAGAUCCAAUGGCAAGAGUUCUUAUUGGACCACAUGUUCUUCAAACCCAAGUAUUAUAUCAAACUAUGAGUCCAAUGUGGGAUGUUGUCUUAUAUAAACAAGUAACAUUUUAUCAAAAUGCUCAAUCAGUAAAACAAAAUCUUCAAGAGGUUAUUGUAGAAAUAUUUGAUAUUGAUCCAGGAAAUGAUUUAGAAUUUAUGGGACGUUGUUUUUGUGAAGUAAAUGUUACUUUGGAUGGUGAAAAGUAUAAACCACCACGUUUACAAUGGUGGCCAAUAUUUCGAGGACAAACUCCUGGUGGAGAAUUACUUGCUGCUUUUGAUCUAAUUCAGG